CAUGCACUUUGAGUAAAUGACAAAACGGAAAACAAAAGUCACUGGUGUGACAGUUCUACAUCUCCGUGCGCAUUCGAUCUAAUGACCGCAUGUGAACAGGCAAGUCAAGUGAUUAACCGGGCAGGAUUCUACAGACGGUGGCAGGGAGGAAGGUGAAAGGGAAUUGGGAUAAUGACGCUGAGAUAAGACAGGCCAAUAGAGAAAAAGAGCCAAAGAAGGGAGGGGUAAAGUCCACACAGAUGCGAAGCAUUGUGGUCAAAUUCACGGAGUGACACAAUACAGCCCCUUUGCGAAGGAUGCAAGAGCCCGUAUGACCUCAGUGUUUUAUAUUAAGUGGAUCUUUUUUACUUACAUUUGGGUUGACCUGUUCAUCAGUUGCCCUGGACCUGCUGAGGAAGUCCCGGUGCCGGCGCAGGGUCAACAGCAGGAGGAGGAGACGUGCGGCGGUCAGGUCGGGCAAGAAACUCGAGAAGCAUCUCAGAAGCGUGAUGAGGACGGCGCGCAGGGCCAGCAAUGUGGAGGUGCCUUCCUUCCUCCGCCACCUGGUUAAAGAAACAGAGAAGAUGGUGACCUUCUUUUUCAAAGGCGGCUCAAGAGAAAAGGAGGCCGAGGAGCAGGAGAACUUCGACGAAGAUGACUACAUGCCAAGCCCGUACCUGGAGAGGCCCAUUCUGGAAAAGCACGUGUCCGAGGGGGGGUCUCAAUUGGGGGUAAAUUACGCGGUGGCGAGCAUGCAGGGCUGGAGGGCUCAGAUGGAGGACGCGCACACUUGCAUGCCUCACAUGAGAGGGGAGCUGAGCGAGUGGGCCUAUUUCGCCGUGUUUGAUGGCCAUGCAGGGAACACCGUGGCCCAGUACUGCUCCAGAAACCUGCUGGACCACAUCCUCGCCACAGGUGGGGUAACAGCAAGUGAAGACCCUGAGCAGGUGAAGGAGGGCAUCCGUGAGGGAUUCCUUGAAAUUGACCGACACAUGCACAAACUGGCCCACGAGGACAACUGGGACCGAAGCGGCACCACUGCGGCGGCGGUCAUUAUCUCCCCGCAAUACGUGUACUUCAUCAACUGCGGGGAUUCGCGCACUCUCCUCUGUAAGGACGGCCAGCUGGUCUUUUACACCGAGGACCACAAGCCUUUCAACCCUAGGGAGAAGGAGCGUAUACAGAACGCUGGCGGCUCCGUCACACUGCAGCGCAUCAACGGCUCGCUGGCCGUAUCCAGAGCCUUGGGCGACUUCGAUUUCAAGGAAGUGGACUGGAGGCCGCAGACGGAGCAGCUAGUGUCGCCCGAGCCUGAAGUGUAUGAAGUCGAGCGGGCGGCCCGGGACGAGUUCAUCGUGCUGGCGUGCGACGGCGUUUGGGACGCCAUCGGCAACGAGGAACUCUGCGCUUUCGUGCGCAGCCGCCUGCAGGUGUGCAACGACCUGCGAGAGAUUUGCACACAAGUCAUCGACCUCUGCCUCUAUAAGGGCAGUUUGGAUAACAUCAGCAUCAUCAUAGUUUGCCUCCCGGGCGCCCCCCAGGUGUCGCAAGAGGCACUGCAACAGGAGGCGGCGCUGGAGCAACACAUUGACAUGAAAGUAAAAGAAAUCAUCAAGAUGAUGCGGUCCAAAGAUGAGGAUCCUGACCUUUUGGAUGUGAUCAAGUUCCUGAGGGAUGAGGAAAUACCGGGACUUCCUCCUGGGGGCGGCAUCACCAGCAAGCGAGAUUGCAUCAUCGCUUCAUAUCAGAAACACAUCGCAGUUCUCAGGACCCAAGAGCCAAUGGAUAUGGGCGGAUCAGAAGAGGACUCCAACUAAAAGCAUCAGCAUGAAAACACUGUGAUCCGCAUCCUUCCCAAAGCCCUUCCACAUUUCAGAGGAGCUCACAGAAUUUUUACGUGACAUAUUUAUUUAUUUAAGACAAGUUGUGGGCAGUUUUGAAAAUGUAAAAUUAUUUAACCCGAUCAAUAUGCAUCAUGUGCUGGAAAGCUUCUGUAUAAGGCGGUUGAACAUUUCCAGUAAAAUACAGCACAUGUUCUUCUUAUGUUUGUUUAAAAAAAAAAAAAAAAAAAAAAACGAUAUCACUUAAAUACUACAAAUAUACUGUGAAUGUGUGGGUUUGUAAAUGUUAUGGAAUUUCUAAUAAUGUGGUUUAUUUACUUAGGUGAAAUUGUAAAUAUCUGAUCAAAUAAUAUUACUAUUUAAUAGGUAUGAAUCUAAUGUAUUUUUAACAAAAUAAAAACAAAACAAUCUCAGUAUGAAAUUCCACACUGUUGCAUAAAAACCACACCAUCAAAAUAGAGCAUUAUUUGUAAAUGCCAAAUUUUGGAUAGAGCGCUUGUCAUGAAAUUAUGUACCUAAUGAAGUGGCCCAUGUGUGUAUAUUACGGACACUAUAUUGUACACACGACAAUAAACACUGUGCUCACUG